UGGCUAGGACUGAAAAUGCCUUGUUUAUAGAGUUUUGAGAAGGUGACAAAAAGGAUGAAGAUAGUCUGUCACAUGCAAGCCAGCAUAAUUAGGUGCAAGUGGGUGGUGCACAGAUAACCUCCAAACAAGAGUCUGUGUUUUUAACCUUCUCACUUCUUCUCAUCCAUCUUCCACACACAAAUGGCUACAUUCAAACACUCUUUUGUACAGCCUGUGCCAGGACAUACCCCACUGCUGCCCUCAAGGAUCAAAUCUUCACCCAGGAAUCUGCACUCAUCGAUCAACUUUCCUGCAGUAAACACCUUUCAUGGAAAAACCUUGACACAGUGUUUGUGGAAACAUUAAUUUUGCACUCAGUGGAUUUAAGAUAAGUCACUACAGCUCUCAUUUUUAAUAACUGGCUUUGACUUUAGAAGAAAAUAGAGACCUGCAUGAUGGUCUUGAAAAGAGGACUAUUCCUCACCUUGUUCUUGUUUACCCUCCAAGCCAACAGAAUCAAAGACCUCAGUAGGGACCAUUUACCAUGGAACAGAAAUGUCAAAUACAGGCAUUUCUACGAGGCCUCACAAGCUGCCAGGCGUCUGUCAGCUGUCCGAGAUUCACUUCUGAAUAAGCUUCGAGUGAAGAGAUCAGCACUAUUCAGUACAGGGGUCAUAGUAUGUCCUCAGGAGAACAUGGCAGAGGUCAUCGCCGGCCACAAAUCAUACUACAAACUGAGAGUCUGCCAGGAAGCUGUAUGGGAAGCCUACCAAAUUUUCCUGGACAGAGUACCUGACCCUACAGAGUUCCAACAGUGGGUACAUGCCUGCCAGACAGACUCAAUGUGUGUAGAGGACUUGGCCCAUAAUUUCAGCAGCACCCAGGAACACCUUGACAUGGUGGCCAGGAGAGUGAGCAUUCAAGAUAACCAAGAACCCACAUCUGUACCAGGCGAGAAAUGUUCGAAAACUCCUGAAGAGAAAGUUGCCAUGGAUUCAGAAAAGAGCCUGAUUUUUGAUUGUCUGAAGACCAAGGUCUCAGCUGUGGAGCACAUAAUAGACUUCAGUGUGACUGUGAAGGACACAGACUACAGUCAGAUACAAAGAGACCCUGACAACUUGCAGAAUCAGGACUCCCUCCACCGUCUUCAUGAGCAGAUGCUGCAAAUGUUCAACAAAUUUGCUGGGUUUAAGGAGAUUCGACUGCUGGGAAUUCAAACGAGCAGUCCAGGAAAUGUUGCAGUGCACUACGCCGUGGUGUUUGAGACAGAAGUAGACUCUACAGGAAUAGGGCCCUCAGAGACAGUUGGAGAAUCUGGCAUAGAAACAGCCCUGAAGGACAUGAUAUUAAAGGCCCUGAGGGAGGAUAAAUCCUUGCCUUUGGAUAUUCAUUCUCUCAGCUUUGAACCAACUACACAAAAUCAUUUAAAAGACCAACCAACGGACAAACCAAGACAUCUACCUGAGGUUAUUAGUAAGCAAGCAGCAGUGGCCAUCUCUGAGGAGACUACCGAGACAAUUAACAACUCGGAGGAAGAAGCGGCUCCUAAUAGAACUCAAGGGAGGGAAAAGGAGGCAAUAGAGAGCACAUUUCAUACACAGGAAACAUGUAAGCAUUUGCCUACUGUAACUACAUUGGUGACUAUUACAGAGCCAUCUCCACCUGAACCAAGUGGUGGCCCUAAGCUAAAGGAAGCUGAGGAACAAAAUCUAAUCACUAAUGCUGAAGGAUAUAAGAGGAACACUGCUUUGAAUUCCCCCUCAAAGGUGUCUGAAGUGGAACAGGCACUUGGAAAUGAAAUUGCUGCCAUGGCCAGUUCAUUGAACUUGAACGCCAUUAAAGCUGUAAGAGCAUCUACUUCAAAUCAGUAUACAGAGAGUUUAGUUGAUGUAUCAGAAGCUUCAUUUAAAGAAGAAAUAUCAGUUAUGCCAUACUUUGCUCCUACUGAGGUGCCUAAUGCAGAGGACACAGCAGGCGAUACCAGUGGGGCUAUGGAUGUUUUUUCUCAAACUCCUGAACCCAGCAGUUUUACAGGGAGCUCUGAGCUACCAAGUACAACUCAAUCCACAAAGUUAAUAAGGUUCUCUUUAGAACUCAGGACUGAAGGUACCAUUCAAACUGUACCUUCUGUAGACUCUUUGCCCUCAGCCUUACUUGGAAAUUUCUUUGAUAAGGAAGGACAGUCUCUCCAAACCCAUUCCUCUCAUCAGACUAAAGCAUGUGACAAUCAGGACAUUAUUAAAGGCUUGCCAUCUGAAACAGACAAUCCACAGACCUCAGUCCCCUCUCUAGACAAAGACGUUGGGGUGUUCUUUAGUUUACAGUUUACCAACAUGAUCUUUUCAGAGGACCUCUUAAAUAGGAGCUCACCUGGAUACAAGUUUCUGGAGAACACAUUCCUUGAACUAAGACAAUCUUCUGAAUCCAGUAACCUGCCAAACCGAGAGUCUUCCAGUAAACAAACUGAGAAGGAACAGCAGACAAUAACCUUAAUACCGUUGCUCCAAUUUCUGCAAUCCAAUCUGUCCGGAUUUAAGGAGCUACACAUCCUCAACUUCAGAAAUGGCAGUGUGGUAGUAAACAAGAAAAUGAAGUUAGCCAAGCCAGUGGUGGAUAAUAUCACCAAGGCUGGGCAAUGGACUCUUGAUGAUUUUAGUAAUGCUGCCUCAAAGAGAAUGGAUAGUGAAAUUGACAUUCAGUCAGUUGAUCAUGGUGAUCCAUGCAAGUACAUGGAUUGUAAUGAGUUUUCUCACUGUGUGGUGAACACACUGACCACUGAGGCUGAGUGUCUGUGUGAUACUGGCUACAGCACAGUGGAUGGUCUGCCCUGUCAGAGCAUCUGCAAUCUCCAACCCAACUAUUGUCUCAAUGGGGGAAUAUGUGAGAACAUACCAGGACAAGGAGCCAGCUGCAGAUGUCCUGCAGGUAAAUAUUGGUACUAUGAUGGAGAGCACUGCAGUGAGCUGGUGUCUGUGCCAGUCGACCAGUUCAUAUUUGUACUCUGUCUGAUGGGAAGUCUCACAGUGGUGUGUGCUGUGAUAGCCCUGUUAGUGUUCAUUAACAGGAAGUGUAUACGGACCAGGAAGACAGUGACACUAGUGCAUUCACACUCUCCUCUGUCUAUGGAGGGAAUUAUGAGAGUGAAUCCAGUCUUUGAGAAUGAUGAUGGUAUCUUGACUCAUGUGUCCAGCAUCAGCUCUCCCUCAGUCACUGACUCUGGCUCAUCUCAACCCUCUGACCAGGGCUCAUUUUACACAUUGGAAAACAUGCACCUUAGUAUUGAGAUUCCCAGGCAACUGUACACAACAAGAUCGGAAAAGUUAAUAUCAGAAAUAGUUGGUUUCCACCACUGCAUACCACAUGCCGAAGUAAGUUCCAAGUUUUCCUAAGUAAAUACACUUAUUCUCUGUUAUUCACAUAUAUAUACACAGUUGUGAAGAUCAAAAAGAGGGUUAGAACGUUGUUUCACAAGUCUGCUGCAGGAGAACUCUGUUCAUUAACAAACCAUUAAAUUGCAAAAUUUCAAAUACAUAUUUCAAUUUUUUUUAAGUGCUAUAGAAAAGGCAACUGUUCCCAUAGUUUAAAUGU